AUGGACCUCUGCAUCACCAUUAAAGGAGUCUCGUUCCUCCUGCAGACGGGGCUGGGAAUUCUGGGUAACAUGUCCGUGCUGAUGGCGUAUGCUCAUAUCGCUUUUGUAGAGUCACGUCUGCAGCCCGUGGACAGAAUCCUGGCUCACCUGGCCUUCAGCAACCUACUGCUACUGCUGACGCGUGGCGUGCCACAGACGAUGGACAUCUUCGGCCUGACGGACUUGCUGAACGAUCCGGGGUGCAAAGUGGUGAUCUUCGCCUACCGCGUUGGCCGCGCCCUCUCCAUCUGCAUCACCUGCAUGCUGAGCGUCUUCCAAGCGCUGACUAUCGCACCGUUGAGUGGGCCGCACCUGACCAAACUGAAAUCUCAUCUGUCGCAGCUUGUCAUGCCCACCUUCAUAGGUCUGUGGCUCCUUAACAUGAUUGCAAGCCUCGGUGCUGCGCUUUUCUCAAUAGCACCUCGAAACAGCACCGUGCCUGCCUUCACCCUCAACCUCGGCUUCUGUCACGUCGACUUCCGUGACAGCCUGACAUACAUGGUGAAUGGCAUUGGUCAAUCGACACGAGACUUCCUCUUCGUGGCUGUCAUGCUGGCCUCCAGCGGCUACAUCCUCGUCCUCCUGCACAAACACAGCAGGCAGGUCAGGUCCAUCCGACGUGCUCAGCAAGGAACCUCCAUGGAAAUGCGGGCAGCCAAGACUGUCGUCAUGCUGGUGGUGCUGUACACCAUGUUCUUCGGCAUCGAUAACGUGAUCUGGAUCUACAUGCUACAUGUGGCUCGGGUCCCGGCUGUGGUGGCGGACAUGAGACUGUUUUUCUCAUCGUGCUACGCCGCACUCAGUCCUUUCCUCAUGAUAAGCACCAAUAAGAAGAUAAAGGAGAGAAUGGUGUGUGCGGCUGGAGAACCGUCGGCUGAGGACUCCACCGAGAAACCAAAUGCUCAAUGA